GCUUCCCGCACGUUAUUCCCCUCGACCUAGCACCAACAUGCCGAACCACAUCUUUGGCGCAGACAUGGGGGAAGGAUACGGCAUCUGGAAGCUCGGAGACGAGGAAGGCCUCAUCGCCCAUGUCGACCUCGCACAUAUCGCUUGCGGCUUCCACGGUGCAGACUUUAUGAUCAUGGACGAGAUGACCGAACUGGCAAAGUCUAAGAACAUCAGGAUCGGCGCCCAUCCUUCUCUUCCCGAUCGGCAGGGCUUUGGAAGGCGGGAAAUGGCGAUGACCCCCGAGGAAUUCAAGAACUGCAUGUUGUACCAAGUUGGCGCCCUUUCUGGAUUCCUCAAGCUCCACGGUGUAGAGAUGCACCAUAUCAAGCCGCACGGUUCUGCAUAUGGCAUGUGUGCCCGCGACCCCGCGCUCGCAAAGGCGGUCAUGGAAGUAUGCAAACUGUACAACGUCGCUUUCGUCGGUAUGGCAGGGACGGAGCAUGACAAAGCUGCUAAAGCCGCCGGGGUGCCUUUCAUUGGCGAAUACUAUGCCGACCGGGACUAUACCCCCGAAGGCAAGCUGGUCAUCGGCAGGCACGCACCUCCUCGCACGGUCGAGCAAGUCCGGGAAAUCACUACGAGAGCCCUCACCCAGCGCAAGAUUACUACUACUAACGGAAGCCUUAUCCCUCUGCCUGAGAUGGACCAGGUCUGCGUCUGCGUCCACAGCGACACCCCUGGCGCUGUCGAUUUGGCUAUCGCAGUGCGCGACGUCGUGAACGAGGUCAACAAAUCCGGUUAGAUAUGGAUAUGUACUUCGUCCUCUUCAGAUGCCUGGUACAUUAAAGACGCUGGAACGCCCUAAGGCAACGGAAUUGAAUUAAAUUGAACAUC